UAGUUGAAAUGAUAAUCGUCUGUCGAAAAACGGGGCGGUAGGGAUUAUAUCUAUUCCUAUUCCAGCAGAUGGUUUGCCAGACUCUGUGGAUCGUUUCAUUCAACAUAGAUUGGCCGAUUGCGUUCUACAGCUGAGCUCAAAACAACAGGCUUUGCAUCCAGAGGACCAACUCUCUCCCUUCUCUCGGUUUUCUCGUAGCACCGUUUCAUGAAAACGAGGGGCCAGGCACGGGGAUUUCACUGGAAUUCUUGCCAGUGGGCGGUUGGACUAUCUUUCCUUUCUUCAGCUGUGGCACGCUGGGUGAGAGAUGGAGAGAAACUUUUAAUUCUUGGUUGUUUGAUUUUGGGCUGCGCCAAACGCCGUUCCGGCACCCUCUUGAUCUUUUUCUCUAUCUUUUCACGCGCUCAUGGCUAUUUCCCACAAUGCUAUGUCCAUGAGGAUUUUCUGGGCUGCCUUCUUCUUCUUCUCUUUCUUUCUGACGGUUUCUCUGGUGGUCGCCUUCCUCUUCUCCCUCUCCCUGACAGUUCCCUUCCUCUCCGGCGGGAAAGAUGCCAUCGUCACUGUCAACGUCCAUGCUGCAAGGGAUCUUCUUGCUUCUGGUUACCGCUUACUUGAUGUUAGGACCAAGGAAGAGUUUGCCAAGGGGCACGUGAAGGAUGCCAUAAAUGUUCCUUAUCUGUUCUUCACCCCUCAAGGUAAACAGAAGAACCCUCGAUUUACAGAGGAGGUUUCUGCGAUUUUCAGUAAGAACGAUCCUAUUGUUGUGAUCUGCCGAAAUGGCGUUAGAUCACCGCGUGCGUGCAAUGAUCUUCUCAAGUCGGGCUUCAAGAAUCUGAAGAACGUAGGAAAAGGGUUUGCUUCUUGGGUAGACAAUGGUCUUGACCUGCAAGUACAGCAACUUUCUGAACGAGAAUCCAUGGCCGCCGAGCAGCACAAAGAAGCAACGUCAGCCAAGGUCAACGGCAGCGCCGAAACGGGAUCGGCUGAUAUAAGCAAGCUGGUUUGUGGACGCCGAUUCCGUGAUGUCAGCAAUGAAGCAGUCGUAACUGUUAAUGUCUACGCAGCAAAGGAUCUACUUGCUACUGGGCACAGUUUCCUCGAUGUUAGGACCAAGGAAGAAUUUAGCAAGGGACAUGUCAAGAACGCCAUUAAUGUUCCCUACGUAUGCCUGACCCCUAGAGGCAGAGAGAAAAACCCUACGUUUCUGGAAGAGGUUUCAGGCGUUUGCAGUAAGGACGGCCAUAUUAUUGUGAGUUGUAAUGGUGGUGGUAGAUCAUCGAGCGCUUCCGCCGAUCUUCGUAAUGCGGGCUUCAAGAAUGUGAAAAGCCUCGGUGGAGGGUUUCGUGCUUGGGUGGACAGUGGCUUCGACGUGGAAAGCCCAGAAGAUGAAACCACAAGAUGAAGAUUAAAGAAAAAGUGGCCUUGUUUGUGAUAUUUAAAUGUAUAAGCUUCCCGCACAAGAAAGAUGAAGGAGAUAUUCUUUCUCACUUUGUUUUGCAUUAUUGUGUAACUGUGAAGGCGAGAAGUUGUUUAUCUUCUGUACUUGGGGAUAAGAAAGGAGAGGGGGAGAAUGUUGUGUAUUUUCACAGGAC